AUGGAGAGAAAAAAUUUGUCUGUUGUUUUGAUGAUUGUGGUGAUUGGGAUGCUUGCUGGGCAGUCCAAUGCUUGGUUUAAGGAUUUUAAGAAUUGCAUGAAAACAUGUUUAAUUGAUUGUGCUAUUCCUCCAUGGGAACAUACUUGCCCAACUAAAUGUCUAGCUAAGUGUAUUAUUCAUCCUCUUGAAAAAUACACUCAAUCACCUCACCAAUUUUGUACUUUUGGCUGUGCUACUUCCAAGUGCUCCAACCUCAUCUCUAAAGACGAUUCUCAUUUGGAUGAAGUGGAAGGCUGUGUGGAUGAAUGUUCACAAACAUGUGUGAUCAAUUACAAUCCUGAAAACUAA